GACAGCUGUUAGAAAAAAGCUUUUUUUUAAGGAAAAAUUUUAAUAAUUGUGAAAUGAUAAUAUUUAUACAAUAAACAAUAAAGUUGUUUAUAUUCGCGAACUGAAGAAAAUCAUUCAUGUUUGCGCUAAGAAAUCGAUGUUUAUUGUGUGAUAGUGCCAUCGCUAUUGCUUCGCCACUAAGUUGUUUUCCCAAAAAUAGCAAAUAAAUAGAAAAAAAUGUAAAAUGCAGCAAAGUAGAUGUAUAUAAAUUAGCAAAAUUGAAACACAAAUAAUCAAAACACAAUCACACACACUCACACACACACAGACAGAAACGGCUGCAGCGAUGACGUCGCGCAAUCUCACCGAGGUGUUUAUCAUCAUGCGCAACAAUGCCAGCAAAAAUCGCAAUCAUUAUGACGAUCAUCGGCGUGGCAGCGACUCGGAGCGUCUGCUCAAGCAUUCCGUGCGCGAGGCGGAGGAGGGAUUGGAAAUGCAGGAUGAUUACGGCACACCGCCUGUGUGGCUCGACAAAUUCGAGGAGGCGCAAUACACAAUGUCCAAAAUCAAGCCGAAGUUGGAUGAACUGGGCUCGCUGCAUGCCCGGCAUCUGUUGCGUCCCACCUUCGAUGAUCAGCGCGACGAUGAGUGUGAGAUCGAGGUGUUGAGUCAGAUUGUGGCCAAGCUGAUUGCGAGCACCCAUCGUCACAUACAAUGUGUGCGCUCUAGCCUCGGUGUGGGCAGCAAGGUGGAGCAACGUCUCACCGCCAAUGCGGUGGAGUGUGCGCUGCUCCAGCUGCAGGAUUUGACGGUCAAGUUUCGCAACAGCCAGAACGCGUAUCUGCUGCAAUUGAAUUCGCGCGAGGAACGCUCUCAGAAGUACUUUGACAACAAUGAGUUCACCAACGUGGAGUUGGGCAACGAUGAGCUUGGAAAUUUCGCUGACAGCUUUGCGGAUAACUUUUUGGAUUCAGCGGCAACAGGUGGCGGCGGCGGCGGCGGUGGAGGAACAGCUACAAAUGCUUAUCUGUUUGAGGAGGAUGAACAUGAGAUCGAUGAUCAUUUUAAGAAGCCGCUGGCGCAGCGCAUGACACAACAACAGCUAUUACUCUUUGAGGAGGAGAACACACGGCUGGCACAGCAUCGGGAGCAGGAGGUGACAAAGAUUGUCAAAUCGAUAUACGAUCUCAACGACAUCUUCAAGGAUUUGGGGCAUAUGGUGCAUGAGCAGGGCACGAUAAUGGAUCGCAUCGAUUACAAUGUCGAACAGACGCAGACGCGUGUCUCCGAGGGAUUGCGACAGCUGCAGCGGGCCGAGAUGUAUCAGCGCAAGAAUCGCAAGAUGUGCAUCAUUCUCGUCCUUGCCGCUGUCACGUUCCUCAUGCUGCUGCUGCUCAUCUUCACCAAGCUGUAGUUGAUGAAGAUUAUGCUCACACACACGCAGAGACUUGCAAAAUUCCAGCUCCAAGGCUAGCAGUUAUUCCGUUAUUAACUAUUAUUAUUAUUAUUACUGUCAUUAUGUGUAGUUCCGUGGUGUGUAUAAUUGUCACUGUAUAAUGUAAAAUAUAUAUAUAAAUACCUUUUAUUUAUUUAUUACCAAA